AUGGAGUUCAAGGAUUUCGCCACCGGCGUCGUGGCGGAAGCGGCGCGCGCGGCGCUCGACGCCACCCCGCCAGACGCCGCGCGGGCGGCGCACAACGCUGGGCUGCUGGCGGACAUGCUGUCCGCGGCGGCCGGUGCCGUGGAGGCCGCGGAGUGGCUGUGGGUGUGGUCGCGCGGGGCGGUGCCGCUGUGCUGCCACCGCGGCCUUGAGGCACACUGCCGGGAGCGGCUGGGGCGCGCGGCGUUGGCGUUUAUGCGGGCCUGGGGGGAGGGCGCAGACGGGCAGGCGGUGCGGGACUUGUUGGCGACCGUGCGCGCCGACGCGGGCCACGCCCCGUUUGAGUGGAGGUCCCUGCUGGCGCUGCAGAUCGACCUGCUGUGCCUGUCACCCCCGGCGGCGUUCCCGGCGGAGCACGUGGCGGCGCUGCUCCAGCAGGUGUUCGACGCGGAGGACGAGGACUGGAUCAGCGAGCAGCUGUCGAAGGUCCACGAGGCGCGCCGGGAGCUGCCACUCCCGCCCGGGGGCCAGGCCGAGGUGGCGAGGAUCUGGAAGUCGCUGGGCAGGCGCGGCGGCGGGUCCGCGGGGGCCGGCGUGUCCGCGAUGCGCCUGUCGGCGAUCUACGGGGCGCACAACAUCAGCGAGGAGUUCCUCGAAGGCGGGCUGACCCACCGGACCCGGGCCACGCGGCGGCUGGCGAUCGAGCUGCUCAGGCAGCUGCACGGUGGCGCGGCAUGGUGGCCCGCGUGGCACUCGGCCUUCCUCGUCCUCUCGGACGAGCAGCCAUGGCACAUCGUGCGGCCCGUGUGGGAGGACGUGACCGCCCUCGGCGGGCUGUUCAAGGGCGCCGUCCCCGCCCGCUGGACCUCCGCCCUCGUCCGCCGGGCCGCGGCGCACUCCGACCACCGCGUCGUGCGGCACGCCACCGCCGACGCGAUCAGGCACAGCGCGGCCCUGGACCCCGCCGUCGUCCUCCCGUCAUCCCGGCGGCGCUCGGGGUGA